AUACACACGCAUAAGCCCAUCCGCCUGCGCCCUGCCAGUCUGACCAGCACAGUCCUGGGGACAGGAGCGUGGUGGAGGAGCUGCAGGUGGGGGCCAGAGAAGCCUCCACAGAGAGCAAAAGCCAGGGUCAGCCAGAGACAGGACACCAGAAGAGACAGGAGAUCAGAGACCAGAGGAACAGAGAAGAGGCCCCAGAGCAAAGCAAGGAACAGCCAAGGCACCAGGACAUGGAUGCAGUGGAGCCAGGGGGACGUGGCUGGGCCAGCAUGUUGGCGUGCAGGCUUUGGAAAGCCAUCAGCAGGGCGCUGUUUGCAGAGUUCCUGGCCACGGGGCUGUAUGUGUUCUUUGGCGUGGGCUCAGUCAUGCGCUGGCCCACAGCACUUCCCUCCGUGCUACAGAUUGCCAUCGCCUUCAACCUGGUCACCGCCAUGGCUGUGCAGGUCACCUGGAAGGCCAGCGGGGCCCACGCCAACCCCGCCGUGACGCUGGCCUUCCUCGUAGGCUCCCACAUCUCUCUGCCCCGUGCUGUGGCCUAUGUGGCUGCCCAGCUGGUGGGGGCCACGGUGGGGGCUGCUCUGCUUUAUGGGGUCAUGCCGGGAGACAUCCGAGAGACCCUUGGUAUCAACGUGGUCCGGAACAGUGUCUCAACUGGCCAGGCGGUGGCAGUGGAGCUGCUUCUGACCCUGCAGCUGGUGCUCUGUGUCUUCGCUUCCACCGACAGCCGUCAGACAUCAGGCUCCCCGGCCACCAUGAUUGGGAUCUCUGUGGCACUGGGCCACCUCAUUGGGAUCCACUUCACUGGCUGCUCCAUGAAUCCAGCCCGCUCCUUCGGCCCUGCCAUCAUCAUUGGGAAGUUCACAGUCCACUGGGUCUUCUGGGUGGGGCCCCUGAUGGGAGCCCUCCUGGCCUCACUGAUCUACAACUUCGUCCUGUUCCCCGACACCAAGACCCUGGCGCAGCGGCUGGCUAUCCUCACAGGCACCGUAGAGGUGGGGACAGGGGCAGGGGCAGGGGCGGAGCCCCCGAAGAAGGAAUCCCAGCUGGGUUCGGGAGCUGUGGAGAUGGAGAGUGUGUGAAACAGCCUAGGCCUGGCCGCGCCCUUGGGCUUCCUGCCUUGCAGGACCUGCCUGGAGGUUCUCCCUGGGGGUAGCGGGAGGGGGAGGCUUGACCUUUUGUCCUGACCAGGUGGGCUGGAGGGGACAAGCCCUAUCCCUGGCAUUACGUUUCUAGGUAGAAUCUGGGAGUGAAUUUGUCCCAUUCCCUCUCUGUAGGGCUUCCCCACCUCUCAGUGGGACAGAGCAGAGGAAGGCAGGGGAUUUAGGAUCGCCCUCCCAUGCUCUCACCCACUGGACCCCGUAGGAGUCCUGACACCCAGAUGCCCAAGUCUUGGGGGAGAAAGGAAUGGGAGCCCAGACAGCCACUCUGCUUAGACAUGGGAGCUAUAGGGACCUCAGGAAGCCCCAGCUUCUUACCCACCCAGGAAACGCUUGGUCCAGAGAGGACAGGCUGUCUGGAGGAAUCAGGCCCUGGGACAGCCUCUGAGCUCCUGGGGGGGUUUCUCUGACCUUGGGUGUGGUUUUGGGGGGUAUAUUUCCUCCUUCAGACUGGGGGCUUCCUGAGGACAGAGACUGCUCUACCAAUAGAUCUUUGUUUGUUUUGAGACAGAAUCUUGAUCUGUUACCCAGGCUGGAGUGCAGUGGCAUGAUCUCGGCUCACUGCAACCUCUAUCUCCUGGGUUCAAGGGAUUCUCCUGCCUCAGCCUCCCAAGUAGCUGGGAUUACAGGCGCCUGCCACCACACCCAGCUAAUUUUUUGUAUUUUUAGUAGAGAUGGGGUUUCACCAUAUUGGUCAGGGUGGUCUCAAACUCCUGACCUGAGGCGAUCUGCCCACCUCGGCCUCCCAAAGUGCUGGGAUUACAGGUGUGAGCCACCGCGCCCGGCCUCUCCCAAUAGGUCUUUAUUCCUCAAUCCUCCAAAUGCUCUGGAGAGGCCCCCACCCUUGAGAAGAACUGACACAGAGAAGAACAUUUUCUCUGGCUCAUAGAGGGGUGGGAUAGAGGAAGGGAGGUUUGAGCCAGACAGGCCUUUCCCAGGGAAGCCUCCUCCCAGGUGCUUGCCCCAGCUCCCACCCCACAGCCCACUCUCAGGCAGGAACAAUCCUCAGAGGGGAAGUGCCCAUCUAGCCAUUGACUCAUGACCUGGGUCAAAGAAGCAGUCUCCAGGCUCUCUGUCAGCAUUACAGGAUCCCCAAAAAGGUGUUGAAUAAGCCCUAAGGGUAGUAGGAACCCAGGAGGGACCCAGGAAACUAAGAUUUGAGAUUCAGUGCCUCUGAAAGACUACCAAAAUCUAAAUUGGUUUAAUAGUUAAAGGCUGCUGUAGAUUUAUUCUGCCCACAACUUGGGGGUCCUAUCUGGAUCUUGGCUUCUCCAGCUGUAAAAUGGACACACAGUCCUCCUCUAGGGACUGCUGUGAAAUCAAGAAAUUGGAAAAUACUUUCAGAAGUUAAAAUGCUAGAAAAACAACCCCAAUAAAUGAUGAUUAUUGUU